GAGAAAUUGGGUGACGGCAGAGCGGUCGGCGUGCACCCUGCGGCCCGUUGUCAGCGCACAAGGUUACAAUAUAUUCGUCAUGUUAUGAAGGAGAAAACUACAAAAGGAAAGCAAGUAAUAGCAAAAUUAUGGAUGUAAAGGAACCUACUCGAAGAAGCAGCAGCACUACCGAGCGAAAACGUGAGAGCUUCCAGCAUCGCGAUGACAGCUUCAAAAGUCUGCAGAACAGCUUCGAAGGGAAGGAGUCGCGGGACGAGUCGCGGGACUCCCGAGGGAGCACGAUGGCGCUGGGGUCGCCGAGGAUCCCGAGGAAGUUCAUCACGAACUGGCGGCAGGCGUGCGACCGCACCCGGGACCGCACCAAGGAGCUGCUGAAGCGCUGGCGGACGCUGCCCGACUCCGAGACCCCGGACACUCCGCACAACGGCCACGGGCCGGUUCACAGCCCCGGCCAAGGCCCAGGGCAGGCCGACAAGGAGCACGGCUGGAGCGUCCACGUGUGGGCUACAUGGGUGCGUAGAGUACCAAGUGAGGAAGAUUCAACACAAAAUAGUGAAUUAUGGAAGAACCACCUUUCAACAUUGCAGAAGGAGAAAUUUGCUUACUUCUUCUCUCAUCUCCUGGAUUGGGAUCGAGAUGAUGUGAUAUCAAUUCAAGAUUUUGAUGCAAUGAGUGAACGUUUACGUCACUUUGCUGACUGGUCAACAAACUCAGCAGAAUUUCAUAUACUUCAUGAAGUUCAAUAUGGAUUCAUUGAUACAUUCAUUACCAAUCGUAUAACAAGUAUCAGUUCUGCAGAAUCUAUGGAAGACUUACCUCCUGGUACCACCAAUUUGGAGCAGUGGUUAAUGAAAUGGAGUGAGCUUGUUAACAAAGCACAAACAUUAAGUGAUUUUCCCAUAUGGCUCCAAUAUUUUGGAAAAAUAAUUUUUUUGGUCAUUAAUAAAAGUAAUACAGGAACUAUUUCUCGAGAUGAAUUGAGAGAAUUUUAUUCCUCGUUCAUGGGAUUCAGUACUCAAAUAGUUGGAGAAAUACUGGAUCUGGCUUACAAUAAUAUGACAGCUAAUGGUGAUCAUCCACUCUGCUACCAAAUAUUUCACUUGUGUUUUGCCAAUUUUCUCUUGGGCAAAUAUCCUCAUGGGCCAGGACAAUUUUUAUUUGGACCUUGUCAAGUGGGAACAUAUUCUAUUAUGUUUCCUAUUGAUUACAGUGCUUUUAAUAGUCCACCAGAUGCCUUAGAACAAUACAGUCCUCACAAGAAAAGUAACAGACAUUCUGUGGUUGUUUGAAGUAGUUUUGAAUUAGAUAAUAAAUAUUAUUCAAAAAGCAGGACUCUAUAUGUAUUUUGUGACCUGAAAACAUUUGUUUUGGAGCUUCUUAUUGUACAAUGUAAUUUUGAGAGAGUCCAAUCUGUAUAAAAAUACAAUCGAUCUAAAUAUUUGGAAAAAUGUGAUAUGUCUCACACGUUUUAAACAAAUAUAUCUUACACAUUUUAAGUAAAAAUGUGGGUUUGUUCACUUUCAGACAAAGAACAGUGAAAUGUUCUGAUUAUUAGCAAUAUAUUUAUGUGAGUAUUACUACAAUCAUGUGAAAAUUUGAAAAUGCAUAUUGUAAGAUUGUCAAAAGUUCAAAUUUAUUGAUAUUCAGAAUGUUUCAGUGAAUAUUCUGCCAAUAUUUUGGGAUUGAUAUUAAUGUUACCAUUGUUGGCAGGGGCAGGAAGCAAGUCCCUCUCCCCCUAUAUUUUCAAUUACAUUUAAUAGUUUAAUUUUAAUUUAAUUUUUUACUAUUAAUGUAAACGACACAUUAAGUAGACCAAACCUAUCCAUUAAUAUGCUUUGAUGCAGUAAUGAUGGCACUGUCAAUAUGAGCAGAGCUGUAGCUCCCUUCAAAAACAGAAUUCAUGAUCGUAAGAAAAAGUAUGGCACAAACAAUGGAAUAAUGUUAUUAUUUCUCACACAUUUCAAGACUUGCUGGACCUUCUCAAUCUUACUUAGCAGCCAGACUCAUUGCAUCCAAUGACCAAUGCUGGACAAUCUUUAGUGCAAUCAGCAUUACAAAAUUGGUACCUAGAAUGUGAUUCAGGUUAAGCAGACUCAGUACUGUGUCAGCCAAUACCAUAUCAUUGUGUGUGUGACCAUAUUUUCAUGUGGAAUAGUUUCCCAAUUUUACUGACAUAAAUAAAUUUACAAAUAACUGCAACAUAACUUGACCUUUUUAAAUCUAUCACAUACACCAUGGUAACUUCUGUAAAACCCUAUGAGUACGGGCUUCAGUAAAACCCUACAGUGAAGCUUUUUGUGGCCAAACUAAAAUCCGUGAAGAUUUAAAUAACAUUUAAAUAACUUCCUUUUAGAUCUCCCCAACUUUUACAUGCCAGAGAUGGUCGUGGUGUGGAUGUACGACUAUAAAAUAUUUUAACAUUGCAACUUGUCCAUUAUGUCUGUGACAUUUUACAUUCAAUGUGCAUACUACUGCAUCAUGAAAGAUCAUGAUUUAUAAUGUGAUAUAAUAACUGAACAAAAGCAGAUGUUUGGAUCUUAAUGGAUUUUAUUGGCUCUUGAGUACAUGUGUUACCAAAAUCAACUCCCCAUGCAAGGCAUGUAAUGGCAAUCAUUCUCUGAUUCCAGAUAGACUUAGCUUCCAUGCAAUAAGUACAGAAACAAUAAAAUUAAUUAGAAGUGAAAUUUCAAAAAUUUAAAACAAAAUUUCUAGACAUUUUUGUAUCAUCUUCCUCAUCAUCUUUGGUGAACAAAAGAAGAUAUUCUCUCAGAUAGCCUUCCUUCAGAAGUUACUAGAGACAAUAUAUUAUGGCAAUCAUUCUCUGAAACAGUCUGUGUAUGAAUUAUACAGUUUACGUGAGAGUAGGAAAUGGAAGUCAACGAACAUUUAUCACAUUAAUUUUUAUACAUUCUAAAUUAACAUUGUUAUUUUCAUUGGUACAGUUUCUGUACCCUUCCAUUUUCUAAAGCACUGAUUCUAUCUUUAGAAAUAUAUUGUUCAUAGUAUUUUUAAAUUUAUUAGAUAGUUUUUUAACUGCACAAUAAACAGCACAUCAAAAAAAUAUAUUCAUUUCAUGUGAAAAAUAAUUUAAAUAUUUGUAUUUUUGAAUGAAUUUAUGAGUGAACAAAAAUAUAAACUAUAUAAUCAAAUAUUGGGAACAAUAGUGAUAAAAGGGAUCAAAAUAGAACUCUGUAUUUGAAUUACUUGAAUUGGUAUUAACAAGGUAUGUGUUUUAACAAUAGUAGAGAACGCCUAAAAAUAUUGUAAACUUUUCAUGGUGCAACAUGUAUAAACUUUUAAAAAAGGAUUAAACAUUUUUCUGUGCUUCAAAUAUACGUCUGUUUAGAUUGUUUUUAUCAAAAUACUUUCAUAUAUUUUAGGACAGUUAGUUAAGUAUUUUGUAUUAUUAAUACGACAAGAAUAGAACACAUUUCAUAUCUUUCAAUCUUCUUUUAAUUUAUUUAUAAUGAAGUAACUUUACAAUGUAUUAAACAGUUAAACACAGUAAGGUGAUAUUCAUAAUACAUAGAAGUCAUACAGAAUGUAUUUUAUAAACAACUGAUUUUGUUUUACAUAUUGCUGUUUAAGAGUGAAUAUUUUUAACAGCAACAACAUAGUAUGUAUUCUGCAUUAAAAGAACAAUAGUUAAAAACAUGAAAUUAAAACUAAUUGAUUUAGUUAUUCAUUUCCACUGCACACUAAACAAUGUUAUUUGUUUUUUAUCUUUAGAGAAGGUUCAUCUAUUAUCACAUGUUAGGGGAUUCUUCUUUUCUUGUGAAAGGUCCAUGUUUAACAUAAAACAUAGGACACACUUCACAGCAUAAAAAAAAAUCCCUAACAUUGAAUAAUAGAUGACC